AUGAAGAAUGCAGGAGUUGUAUCAAUGGUCUUGAUCAUGGCUAUUGUGGCCAUGUCGGUCAUGCCGUGGGCCACAGUUGCUGUGCAAGCCGAAGAACAUAAGUUGAUUAUUCCAUGGCUACCAUUUCCAGACCCACAGAUAGAGAAGUGCUGGUCAUCGUUACUAGACAUACCAGGAUGCGCGCUAGAGAUCUUCUCUGCAUUCCUUAACCAUCAGAUCAACGUGGGGCCCGCCUGUUGCAAGGCCAUCACAGAUAUUGGAGAGAACUGCUGGCCCAAGAUGCUGGGUUUCCUGCCAUUCAAUCCUCUACCAUACAACCCUCUGGUCCCACCCAUGAUCAAGAGCUACUGUAGCUCCAAACUUGGGCAUGCACCAACUCCUCGCUGA